AUGGCAGCAUUUGAUACACCAUGGUUCAACAGUCAAGAAAGGAAUUUCUCCAAUGUCCUGAAUAAGUCCAAAGUCGCACAUAUCGUCCUCACCGCGGAAUCCGAGGACUUCGACGACGAAACGAUCAAGCAAUGGACCAGCGAAGGCUUCGAUGUGCAAUAUGUUCCCUUGUUGAAAGGAGGAAACGACUUCAUUCGACGGGUCCACACUGUCGGCGACAACUUUGGCGUGUCGGAGCAGUAUGCCAUCGUGGCAUUUGGCGAUGCGGCAUCGUUGAUCCUGGAGGCCCACACCAAGCCGAACAAUCCUCGCCUUGUGGCAAUUGUGGCGUAUUAUCCCAGUGCAAUUCCAGCCAUCGGAACUAAGUUCCCGAAUAGCGUGCAAAUAUUGGUCCAUCUCGCAGGCGGCGAAGUCGAUGUUCGAAAGACCUCCGAGGUGCUCGGAAUUCAAGGCAAGCGCAAGAGUGUCCGCAAACGUAUUGAUCCAGGAGCUGGCCACGGCCAGACCUUGGAGCUCGCAUACGAAGCAUACACGUACUCGGGCGUGGAACCCGGUUUUGCUGAGCAUAAUCUUGAUGAAUACGAUGCUGUCGCCGAUGGCGUAGCAUUUACUCGUAGCAUUUCGACUGUCCGAAAGGACUUCCGCAUCGAAAAUAAAAUCGAGGCGGUUCGAGAUCGCCAGACACAGCUCGUGAAAUCGGGAAAGGCCGAAAAGGCAAUGGACAACGUUCAUGAAGGCGCACAAGUCAUCUUUGGUCCAACAUUGACGGGCGGGAUCGGCACCGAUGACAUUGACGAUUUUAACACCAACUUCUUUACGCCUCUCCCCGUCAAAUCAAAUGGCAACAUCCGACUUCUGAGCCGGACCACCGGUACAGAUCGAGUAGUCGAUGAGCUAUUCCUAUCCUUCAAGCACUCCGAGGCGGUCCCAUGGCUACUCCCCGGCGUCCCACCGACAAAUCUGCAGAUCGAAGUUGUGAUAGUGUCAAUCUUCCAUGUUCGCGGCUCAAAGAUGGAGACCAGUGUAUUGGUUCAAGCGGGACUGAUAGAUACCAAGCUUAUUCCCGGCCACAUGAAGAAGAAAGGCAUGCCGAAACUCCCUGUGGUUGGCGCCGAAGGGGCAAGAGCGAUCCUACGAGGAAACUCAAAGAAGGUCAACGAUCUGAUUCCUGAUUGGUAG